AUGUACGGGGCAAAAGGAACAUCCACAAUACUUAACUCAGUCACAAGACAAGGUGUUCUUACUAAACAAUUAGUCGCUCCUAAGUCUACAGCUUUCCUUGCGAAUUUACCUACACGCCAAGUCUCAGUUGGCAAACUCUCCUAUACAACUAGAAGCCAAACACAGUUCAACCAGGUACAAGAGCCGAAAGAUGUGGUAGCACCUUCAGCUCCUAUUAAUGUACCGCCUCAACUACAGCAACAGCAACAGCAACAGCAACAACAACAUGCAUGGACUUCUGCUGUUUCUCAAAAAAGUAAUAAUUACGGGAGAUCAUCAGCUAUUGAAGCGACGGGGGAUAUAACCGAUAAUGUUAUUUUGCAAGAAGCGAGGAAGAAUAACCUAGAAAAGGUAUCUGCAGCUGGAGAAACAGUCGCACCAGCUUUCUCAACAAAGACAUAUGAGGCUGUCAUUGAAGCGUACAGUAAAUUGCGAAAGAAGAAUCAGCCAUUGACACCCAUGCUCAAUGCUUACCAAGACAUGGUUUCUACUGGCAUACAACCCUCAUCUGAAACUUAUUCACUUUUAAUUCGCUCUCUUUGCACUCGCGAUGCUGAAGUACAGAAAACAAUUAAGAUGCUGCAGAGACAAGUAGCUCGUACUGGCCGAACAGUGAAUAAUCUGCCUGAUUUAGAAAGCGAAAGGAACUUGGAAAAGGCUUUGUCAUUAUUCAACGAAGCCGUCAAGCGAAGAUCUACGCAGGCUUUUGAUGUGGAUGUUUAUAACAAUUUACUUCGUGGCGUUUCCUUCAAUGGCAAUGUUCAGGAUGGAUUAUACGUUUUAGAACAAUUAGAAACGUCACAACAUGUCAAGCCUAAUGGCACCACCUUUGCAGCAUUGCUGGCAUUAUUUGGUGUUGCUGGUGAUUUAAAAGCAGCUCAAGAAUGCUUUUUAGAAUAUCAAAGUCUUAGGCGAAGGUUGCCUCGACAUGAUGCGUCUUUAGUGUAUAAUGCAUUGGUGUAUGCUUAUUGUGAUGCUGGCGAUGUACAAGGAGCUCUAAAUAUCGUGGAAAGGGUUAUGACACAAGAUAACGUCAAAAUCUCUAUUUUACCCUACAACAAAAUUUUACGAAGAGCUUGCUCAGAUGGAAAUAUGGAUUACGUCAAUACUCUUUUGUCAAAGCUCGAAUCAACGAACAGUUUGGUCGAGCCCGAUGCUUCCACUUAUGGUGUUCUAUUAUCAACUUAUUGUCGUAUGGCAGAUUUCGACAAGGCUUCAGAAGCAUACGAAAAGUUGUUAAAAUACGACAUCUCAAAGCAAUAUGGCCAUUUUGCUGAUUACGCUUAUGCUUGCUUAGGAAAUAACAAAACGGAUAUGGCUUUCAAGAUUGUUCAGGAUAUGACUAGCCGAGGAUUGAUAGUGGACUCUUCAAUCUGCCGCAAUAUAGUAAUGGCUUACACCGAGAAGAAUAAGAUAGACGAGGCGGUCAAAGCUUUUGACUCACUAGUAAAGAUGUACUCGAAGACUCAUUACGUCGCUGAAAAUUCUCCCAUUGCAGAACUUGCAUUGGAUUUAGUACGUAAAUGCGAUAAACUUCAGUCUAGCUUAUCCGUAUUGACUUCAAUCAGCAACUAUCGCAUCCACCCUACAAAAGCAGCCAGUGAGGUGGUUACACAACAGUAUUUACAAGCCAAAUCCAACAAAGAAAAGUGGCAAGAUACACUCAGUACUCUGAACGAACGCUCAUUUACUCAUUUGUAUGAUGCUGUCUUCCACAAAUCAAAUACACCAGAAGAGUUCUGUAACUUGGUUUUCGAACUUUUAAAAGAUAUGCGCGAUCUGAAGUUACCUCUCACCUCGGGCUUAUAUGUACGUGUUUUGUCAAGAAUGAAGAAAUAUGGGGUCGCCGACUAUGAGAGACGUUGGAAAGAAGAAUUUACGGCUUAUUUAAAUAUCGACACAUCUACAGCUAUCAAAAAUAAACAAACAGUGGAAGAACUGAUUAUUUCCAAGAGUAGUCAGUCAACAGUUGCAACCUCAAAAGUGGCAGUAGAAGCCGAUGCAUUAUCAAGUGAGGCUCUAACUGCUGCACUUGAGGACCGUUUUGAUACCGCCUUGGACAUUCUGAAUAACAAGAUUAUCAAGCAAGGCAAAACACCUACACCUGAAGCUGUACGUGAUAUGAUUGCUAAAGCCACAAAGGUCAACAGUAUAGACAGUGCACGAGAUAUUUAUGAUACUGUCAUCGAAUCAAUGGAAAAGUUGGAGGGUGUGCGUCAACAACGUGGUUACCAGACCAUCUACAACGCCAUGUUGAUUGCUCAUGCUCGUCAUGGCGAUUUAGAAUCUGCUAGGGAGUUCUAUAAAAAGCUUGUUAAGUUGGGUUUACGUCCUAAUGCAGAUGGCUACGGUGCGCUUUUGGCAGCAACCGCUAAUACUGAUGAAUCCAAUGAGGCACUUGCUAUAUACGAAGAAGCCAAGAAAUACAAUGUUAGACCUACAGUCUAUUUCUACAAUGUGAUUCUCUCAAAAUUAUCUAGAAGUCGCAAACUGGAUAAUGUUUUGGAGCUUUUUAACGAAAUGAAGCAGAAUGGGUUGAUUCCCAGCUCCAUUACCUACGCCUCUGUCAUCUCUGCUUGUCUUCGUUGCAGUUCUGAAAGCCGUGCUAUUCAUUUUUUCCAAGAAAUGCUUAAUUCUGCUAAAUUUUAUCCUCGUGUGGGCCCUUUCAACAGCAUGGUGCAAUUCUAUGUUCAAGAAAAGCCGGAUAGAGAGAAAGCCUUGGAAUACUACAAUUAUUUAAAGCAGUAUAAUUUGAAGCCUUCUGACUACACCCUCAAAUUAUUGAUGGAAGCAUAUGCGAAUAUCCCACCCUAUGAUAUGUUAACUGCUCACAAAAUUCUCACAGACAUGAGCAAGAAAUACGGCAUUGAGCCACAACCCAUGCACUAUGCUUGCCUUAUUCGUUCCUACGGUUGCCUUCAUCGAGAUGUUCAAUCUGCAAUAGCUGUCUACAAGGAAAUGGAAAAAGCCGGUGUUGAAGCCAAUGAAACGGUUUAUCAAGCAAUGCUGAAUACUUACACAGAAAAUAGAGAUAUGUCCAGUGCUGAACAACUCUACCAAAAGAUGUUACAGCAAGGAACCGAAUCGUCACCUUAUAUUGAAAACUUGUUUAUUACUGGUUAUGGGGCUCAGGGUAAUAUGGAAAAAGCCGAGGAGGUAUUCAACAGAAUGGAUAAGCCUGGUCAAGUCAACCGAGAACCAAGCACUUACGAGGCUAUGGCUAAAGUUUACGCAGAAAAUGGGGAAAUUGGAAAAGUGAAAGACAUUGUCAACCAAAUGCGUGAACAAAAAUUCCCUGAAAAGGUCGUGGAUGGCGUCGUCCAGCUCUUGACUCCAGCUCAAGUAUAA